AUGGCUAAGGUGUACGUUGGCAAUCUAAGCUGGAAUACAACCGAUGAUGGACUCGCACAAGCAUUUAGUCCGUUUGGCCAGCUCACUGACUAUAUCGUGAUGAAGGACCGGGACACUGGUCGCUCACGCGGUUUUGGUUUCGUCACAUUCAUGACCCAGCAGGAAGCUGAUGCAGCCAUUAUGUCCAUGAAUGAAAAGGAGCUCGAUGGACGUCGAAUCCGCGUCAAUAUGGCAAACUCACGUCCAUCAAUGAUGCAUGGGGGUCUUACCGGUGCUAGUUUGGGAUACAGUGGCCUAACCGGCGGAUACGGUGCUGGUGCUUACAAUGCCGCUCAGAGUGGCUUUGGCACGUAUGCUCAAAUGCCUACUGGCUAUGCUUAUGGCCAAGCAUACCCUGGCUACCAACAACAACCCUAUGGUGCCCAGAUGACUUCGCCUGUUCAGACCGCCCCGGCUGUCUACCCGCCACCCCCAGGAUAUGCGCCCCAACAUACUGCAUAUUCUUACGGUGGACAACAAUUUGCUCCGCAACUCUCGCAGGUUUCUCAGAAUGCGUCUCCUCAUAUACAAGGAUACGGCAAUCAAGGUUAUUGA